GGUCAGGGCGGAUGCACCGGUGCGGUCGGCUGGCGUCGGGCGCGCUCGUGAGAGGUCGGUGACGCAGGCGCGUGGCGCGCAUCGAUCGCCGCCCACGCGGCGCACCGCUCAAGUGCUCCGCGAGUCGCGACGCGAAUCCCGGGCUGUGCCCCUCGAAGAUGGCGGCGUGAGCGCGCGCCCGCGGCCUCCGGCGGUCAUGCCGCGAUGGCCAGAGAGCAUAUAGUUAUCAAAAAGACUUCAACUAAUUGUACAAUAAAUGUAAUAAACAGAAAAGUGACUUGAAGUGAAGUUGCAAGUGUGAGUGAGUGCUCCGUGAAAAUGAUAGUCGAAAUACAAGAGGAGGUUAGAGGGAAGAGGCCUUUUAAGAUAUGGGACAGUUCGAGAAAUGUGAGAAAGGGUCUGGUGGUGACCAGCUUUGAGGAGCUGAUACAUAGAGGAAAAGAAAAGCUAUCGGUAGCAGCAAGCGAGCCUGUCCGGCUGGUAUUAGAGAGUGACGGCACGCAGGUUGAGGACGGCGAGUAUUGGCGCACUCUCCCACCUAAUACCGUACUUCUGCUUUUACGGCAAGGCGAGCGAUGGUAUCCCACGGGUGUCGACGUUAUCAAGGCUGCUAUAUCGGCGAUACCGAAAAUUGUAUGCGAGACGAUACACGCUCUCGAGCUGCACGAUGAAACACCUUCAUGGAAAAUCAUGGACAACAAGGGGCGCGUCACAGUGGUGUUACACUGGGACCAGCGGCCGCAAGCGUCGCCGGCCGCGCGCUCGCCCUCGCGCCAAGCCAAGCCGGACCGACGGCCCUCGCUCGUUAUACAGACCUCCUUGGAGCGACCACAGCCACCACCGCCACACAUUACAGUCGUGAAUCACGAUGAGCCAGGGCCGGCGCGUGCUCGACUCUCACGCGCCUCCUCCUCGCUCGAUCACCACGUGCAUACGGCCGAGUGUCGUGCUGCCGCGCCUCCUACACAUGCCACUCCACCCGCACCCCCAGCUCACUCCCAGCAUCCUCAUCGCCCACCAACAGACGAGUGCGACUUCCAUUGUUGUGCACUUCACGAGGAGGGAAGGCGCAUCGCUGUGCACAAGAGCGUUGCCACCUCACCCAUUCAGGAUUCCCAGCCACGAGCUUCGCCUCAAGGUAGACCGAAGGGUCACGUGCGAUUUCUCGACGCCGAAUCGGCACGACGAGGCGAACGAGACUCCUCGGAGAGUGAAACCGAGAACACCUUAGUCGAGGACGAGGCGGUCACGUCGGAAAAGUUCCUCCUCCUUAUCGAUCAACUCAGUGUCGAUCAAAAGCGGCAUUUGACCAUCAAAGAUAUUGGUAUAAUUCUCGAACGGCUUAGUUCCAAAAUUCUCGACGUGGAACGGCUGGACCGAGAAUCUGAAUCGGACGACUGUUACAAUUGGACAAUCAAAGCGACAAUUAGAGGAGACGCGCUGAGGGAGCUGGGCGUCAUAUACAAUGGGAAUUAUUAUGCGAUCAGUGAGCAUCCGGGCUACCGGGAGGAGAACGAGGAGGCCGGUGACGAGGGUGAAGAGGAAGAAGAAGAAGAUAGACUCUGAUCGGGCCUGUGCGGCGCCGCCGUGCCCGCCGCCGCUGCGCUGCGCCUAGCGCUUUGCCGCGUCGCCGCGCGCUGACCCGCCGCACCACUCGUCCACCACCACUGCCACUCGAAAACGCAAUAAAGCAAUAUAGGUCACUAGGUUACAUCGGUGAGUCGACCGGAGCCCUGCUUUAACCCUAGAUGAAAGGUCGAUCAACCUAGGUAUUCGGCUACAGAUGUCUGAGAACGAAGAAAAGCAAGGGCCGAACGAUCCUCAAACCCGGCGCAUUGUGUCAUUAAAUGUUUGUAGGUAGUGUGAUCGCAGCUAGGAGCGAACAUCCCAGUUGGUUAAAGACUUUAUGAAAUUCAAAAAAAAGGCUGAGUUGAUCCGCCGCCGUCACGGCCGGACGGGGCGACGACGCCAAACAGUAGUUAAUAAUAGCGACGUAAUGUAAGUGAAACUGACUUCCUAUCGAUUACUGCAACGGUUACUGCGAGUCAGUUCCCGAUACCUUUUCGAAUCGAUAUUCUUACACGUUUUCGCGUGCGUACGAUCGGAUGUUUACUGUAGCGUAAUGUGUAUUAACGUAUCCGACGUCGUCGAACAGCAGCACAAAUAUUUAUCAUAGACAUUAUUGUCUUUAUAAUUAGGUAAUAAUAAAUAAUAAAUUAUAGAGGAGGUAGCGACGAAACACGAUGUCACUUCAUGAACCCGCCGCUUUUUGAUUACUAAAUUUAAAUACUAGUAAGUGUUUUCGUAAAUACGUUAUUAUUUCCUACGAUUUCGUGCAUUUAUUUUUCUUUACGACAAUCAUGUAUUCGAGGGGUAGGCCUAAAUAAUCAAUUUAUUGCGAACAAUAAAACGGGAUUCGAUUUUUGUUUAACGAUACCGUACCUGUGACAAAAGCUCAAAUAAGCUGACAACCUUUAUUAUAAAUAUAAGCCCUUAAAAACAAUAACUAUAUCGAAAUUCGUUAAAUCGUGGUUUUUGUAUUGUAAUAGUUUGGAGUAACUGAAUAAUAAAUGAUUACUGGAUAAUCAGUCUUUGCUCAUAAAUCGUAAUCGCAUUUUAUAAUAACGGCGAAGAUUAGCUGUCGUAUAUAAGGUUGACGUAUAUGUGUAGCGUGUUUGGGGUGAUAAAUUGACCGGGCCUAGACUGACGAGCGAAUCGCUCUGUGUGCGUUGUUUUAACAUUCCCGGUAGUACAUCGAGACGACGGCUGGAGCCGUCCUCGCGUCAGGUCUCGAGCAAAAGCGGGUAGAGGCGAUACGAUGUUUCAGAGAGACAUACGCAAUUAUUUUUAAUAGAAUACGACAAGUUUAGUUAAUAAACUGUGUGUUAUGAAAAAGGUUGUAACUAAAAAUACGAUUAUACAGCAAUUCGUCGCGACAUACCAAAUUGGUAUUUGGUAGUUGUAAGUCGAUUCUUGUAUUUAUAAGGUCUAUGAUAUCGUAGUAUUAUUGUAUAAUGUUUUUAAUUUUUGUAUAGUACGUACUAAUACGUGUAUAAUAUAUUGAAGUUUAAUAAGUUUUACAGUCCCGUCGGGAUGUCAUAGAGUGUAUAGUUAUUUAAGGUGUAAUAUUAAAUGAUUAUCGAGUAGGCGAUCGCUCCCGCGCGACGGAGCGGGCGCUGUUAACGAUUAUAUAAUAUAUAUACAUUUUGGUGUACGAUACCCGUUAUUUAUGUGCUGUCCGUUUAUUUUUAAAUACGUUUGGUACGGUUCAUGAAAAUAUUUAUAUCAUAUACCUAUAUAUAAAA